GUGACCUCGCCACUGCUCUGUCAGUCUUUUUCGCAGUGUCACAGGCUUGAAACCGAAACAUUUAUUUCGCAGACGCUCCACCACACUUUACACAGGUGGUUUAAAUGUUCUCAAACUACACUCCGACUCGGGCCCAGUGCUCCUCGUCUGUUUAUUAGCCCGGCUGAAACUCCUACAUGUCGGCGUGUGUUAGACUCGCAGCCCCGGCGCUUCUCCGGCAGGCCUCGCUGUUCACCGAGUGAGCAUCUGUCCUCACGCCGCGGUUGGGUGGGUCCAGCUCGGCCACAGAGGCAGCAUGGACCCGGUGCAUCGCUAGCCUCCAACUCUUUGUGAUUAAAAGCUACGGAGAGGGAUGAGCCAUACGGGAGGUGAACUGUUUAGCUUCGACCUCGCUGCUAUCUGACUUUGGCUGUCAGAAUGAACGGCACUCAGCAGAGUGAUACAAAGAGGCAGAACCUCCUGGAGAGGCUGCUGGACGCUGUCAAACAGUGCCAAAUCCGCUUUGGAGGAAGGAAAGAGAUCGCCACGGACUCAGACAGCAGGGUGAUCUGUCUGUGCGCCCAGUUUGAGGCGGUGCUGCAGCACGGUCUGAGGAAGAGCAGAGGCCUGGCCCUGACAGCGGCUGCUCUGAAGCAGGCCGCGGGCUUCAGCAGCAGGACUGAAGCAGAGUUGACUUUCUGGUUCUAUGUGAAGGAGCACUUAAACCGCCACGAGCUGCAGCGCUUCUACUCCCUACGCCACAUCUCCUCAGAGCUCGGCCGGGGUCGCGCCUGGCUGCGCUGCGCCCUCAACGAGCACUCUCUGGAGCGCUACCUGCACACUCUGCUGGCUGACCGCCCACGCCUGGGGACUUACUAUGAAGACUGGGCUUUUAUUCUGGACGAGGAGAGAGCCAGUAUGCUGCCCACCAUGGCUGCUGGUUUGAACUCCAUCCUCUUCGCCAUCAACAUCGACAACAACGACCUGAACGGCGGGGUGACGCGAGGCGGCUCCUCGGUGUCCCACCUCCUCAAGGAGUCGACGCAGGGCAUCGGCAGCCUGUGGAAGGAGUCGACUCAGGGGGUGAGCAGCCUGCUGCGAGAGAUCAGCACCGCCACGGCCGUGGUGCCCGGCUUCACCCCCAGAGCGGACGGUGCCUCGGACCCGCUGCCCGUCGUGCCGCGCAGCACCUCUGCUGACUCGGGCCUGAAGAAGGAGCGCCGGAGGAAAAAGAAGAUCACCAACAUCAUUUCCUUCGACGACGACCUGGACGGAGGAGCCGAGGACGAGGAGGAGGGGGAGGAGGACGCCCAGAAGAUCGGCGCGAUGAGGAAGAGCCACACCGCCCCCGCUCAGAGCAGCGUGGAGGAAGGGAUAGACCCGCUGGAGCCGGCGUUCUCCGAGUCGCCCGCCCAGAACGGCCUUUCUGAGCCCGGGAUCGUCAGCUGGGUGGGGUCCCCGCACGCCUGCCGCACGCCUCCCUUACCUACGCCUCCUCUGCCUGACAGUAAGAGCGUGGACAACGAGGAGGAAGAGGAAGAGGAGGAGAUGUACAAACCCAGAGCACACACCCAGGAGGAGGACAAGGUCACCUCUGAUCAAGUGGUGGUGGGCAGUCUGUCCAGCGUGUCCACGUGGAGUCCCCUCCAGGUCAUGGCCGACCACCGAAGCUCGGAUAUCCUCAUUCCCCUGAACCCUUCAGACUCUCAGCCAGUGAGCUCUGUGGAAGACACGGCCGCGUUUCCAGUUCAGUGUGACUCAACGGGAUCAGUGGGAAACUCUGAGAACGCCGCAUCGCAGCUGACUUUCAACAUGGAGUCCAGUCCACCCAUUCAGUCUGCUCCACUCUCCAACGCGCUGCCAACAUCUGGUCUGCCAGAGACCAUGACAGUGGUGGAGCUCCGCCAGGCCAUUGUCGCCAUGAUGAACAGGAAGGAUGAGCUGGAGGAGCAAAACACGUCUCUCCGCAGCCUGCUGGAUGGGGAGAUGGAGCACUCGGCGGGCCUGAGGCAGGAGACUGAUCUGCUCAGGAGGAAGCUGUCCGAGCUGGAGGAGAGACACUCGGCCAAGGUCCAGGCACUGGCGAGGGAGAAUGAGGUCCUCAAGGUCCAGCUGAAGAAGUAUGUGGGGGCGGUGCAGAUGCUGAAGAGAGAGGGAAGCCAAGGCAAUGACGCCCUGUCAGUGUUGCAGUCGAAUGAAGACCAGGCCCCUGUCCCGCAGAACAAGUUCAUGGGUGACAUUGAGGAGCUGGCCGCCAGCUAUGAACGCAAACUGAUCGAGGUCGCCGAGAUGCACGGCGAGUUGAUAGAGUUUAAUGAGCGCCUGUACCGCUCGCUCAUGGCCAAAGACCAUCUCAUUGUCCAGAUGAGACAGGAACUCAUUGACCUGAGAGGACCGGUUCCAGGUGAUUUAAGCCAAACCUCAGAUGACCCCAGCCUGUCAGAUUUUGAGACGGCUCAUCGCGCUCUCAUCAACGUGUGGAUCCCCUCUGUGUUCCUGCAGGGCAGAGCUGCCAACGCCUACCACGUCUAUCAGGUGUACAUCCGCAUCCUGGACAAUGAAUGGAAUGUGUACAGACGUUACACCGAGUUCAGAGAGCUCCACAACCACCUGAGAAGCCAGUUUCCUCAGGUGGACGCCUUCAGCUUCCCACCCAAGAAAGCCCUAGGAAACAAGGAUGCCAAGUUCGUGGAGGAGAGGCGGAAGCAGCUGCAGGGCUACCUUCGCACGGUGAUGAACAAACUGAUCCAGGCGCUGCCGGAGUUCACAGCCCACCCCUCCAAAGAGACCCUGCUGUCUCUGCUGCCUUUCUGUCAAGACACACCACAGGCCAACGACGGCGGAGCCAAGACGCCCCGAUCCAGAACCUCGUCCCGCUUCCCCAGACUGGGCCGCAACCGCAACCAGGAAGCCAGACCUGAGCCCCAGAGCGGUGACCUUUAACCCCGCAGCCUUAGAACUGACGAUGUCUGUGUAGGCUGACAGUUUUCCAGUGUGUCUGGACUGUGACACGCUCAGGCUCACCGUGUGUGAGGACAUUCGGGGUCGUCUGAUGGACCUUAAAAGUGUUACGGAUGAGAAGUCUCAGUCGAGGGAUGGACAUGGAUGAGUUCGCGUUGCAGGGCUCUCUUCGAGAAUAUGUAAAUGUUUCUGUGUGUUGUCCAGCUGGGUGAAGGUUCAAUGACUCCCCCCACACACCCCACCCCCUCGAGGCUGCUUAUCGAUGGACCCAAUCAUACAGCACCUCUUACCUCACUGAGAGACCAAAAGACUCCUUAAACUGCACAUGGACUCGUCUGGCCAUCUCUCCGUCAUCUCAAACACACUGAGGUGAUGGAUGGGGACAUACUUUUUUUUUUUUUUUUUUUUUCUUAUUUUUGUAGUAAAAGUGGAUCAUGGUCACAGUGCCUACAGUGUUUUGUAGCUGCUUUCCUGCUCUGGGUCAGGAGGGAAGGGUAUGUGAAGAGGUGAAGAUCGGGGUUAAAAAAAAAAACAAAAAACAAUUCUUCUCUUUGGGAACAAGUGUUUUUCAGUUAAGGUGCCAUUACAUUUUUUUUUAGACGACAGUGAUCCACAAUCACGGGUGUGGACCACCAGACAGCGGGCAUUCCUUUUUCCUACUUCUGUUGUUACUGUGGCUUUUAUAAAUAACCUGCAGACAGUUUAAGAUAUCUCAAUGUCACCAGGGAUACAGACAUGAUAAAAAAUCUGUUUAAAAUUCCACACAGUAUGCUAGGAAAGCUUCGGGGUUCACCUCGCUUGAUAAAACCUUAACAACUCAGGGACUGUGUAAAAAUUAUUGUGAUAAAAGAGGUGACUUAGACACACUGGUAAUAUAUCUCAAAAUAUAGCGCGGCUUGUAUUCCAUUAACAUGGAACAUUUUAAAUAUACAAAAAGUACAAGGCAGUGUAACAUGCAGGAUAUUUCUGUCUCAGUGCAAACUAAAGUGACUGUUAGUAGAGGGUUAUCAGAGAUGUGGUAAACAUUUAACACAUAUCAGUAAAGAUCCAUUUAUAUUUAUGUUGCGUGACAUAUCGACAUAUUGUCUGGCUGUCUUAAAAUAUAAAAACAAGAAAUAUGAAGAAGGGUAUGGUGAAGAAUACUUCUAAUUAUUUUCCUUGAGUGUCCCCCAGCUCCACUUUUUUCUACUUGCGCUAAUAAUUUUUGGACAGUCCCUUAUUGAGAGAGGUCUUAAAUUCUUAAGUGUCCCCAUCUUUCCACAUAUCCAACUCAAAUUCAAAUACCUGUUGUGAAAUACUGUUGAGAAGAAAGAAAUCACCAUUAUGGGUAAGCUGUCUUAUGGGCGAGUUACCCCCCACCACUGCAUCGAUUAAAUAUGGGUCUUCACCAAAGGUCGGCUGGCUGUACUGCAAAAUUCAAUGUUUAUUGAUUGUUUGGCUGGUGUGUCUUAGCAGGAUUUAAUGCAGCAUUAUGUUGCAAAUGAAUGUUUAAAAAAAAAAAAAAUGACUGAACACUUGAAAGCUGCUUGUCUGAGUCCAAGGAGAGGGCUGCUGAGCAUCAAGUGUGUGUAAAACCGAGGCUCAUGCAUAUGUAUGCAUUACCCGAGAAUAGGCAGUGGCCGCGUUCAAACGAGGCGUGAUUGUGUUAGAAAGGCUUCGUGAAACUUGAAUCAAAGGGUCGGCUCGCGAGGCGGUAAACACUGUUCACCGUCCCUGAUGGGAGUUGAACAAACAAGGCUUGUAAUUAAAAGUUGUUGUUCUCACACAGAAAUGACCCUCGCACGUAUUGAGCCACUGGUAAACACUGCACAAUGUCGUCAGGAAACUCUCACGAGGAAGCCAUCAAUUAAAGAUUUUUGUCAGACUUCCUGGGGCCUUUUACACAAUGAGAUCAGAUCACGUUUGGUCAGGUGACGAGACAUCAAGCCAGAGAGGAUAUUUUAAUCUUUUUUUUUUUAAAAAAAACAAAACAAAUUUGAUACAUAUUUUUUUUCUCAGUUUCACAUGUGGCGCUGCUAUUGCAUUCUGUCUAUAACAUGUAUUGUAACUUAAACACAAAUUUCUAUCAUGACUAUUCUCUACUGUCUUACAUGGAAACUGGAAAUGAUGGUAUUUUAGGUUUAGCUCUGCCUUAUAUGCAUUAGAAAAAUCAGCCAACGGGAUCAUACGACUGUAUACUCUGUACAACUCUGGCAAACAACGGUGUCACAUAGUCUCUACAUUAUUACAAUAAAGUAGCCUUUUCAUUGAUAACGGUGAA